AAAGCUGAGGUGGCGGACUCAACCUAUAGGAGAGACGACGCGACGUCUGGCAUAUCAUCCCAACCAAAUGCAUAGUAAAUCAUCAAAGCAAAACGUGUUUACCAACGGGUACCUUUCUCCGAAAAAAAUCUAUUCUGAGCUACUGGCCUGGAAAGACAAUAAAAUGAGAUGAUGAAGCCGAUAAUAUUAAUGCAAGAAUAUGAACGAUUUAUCUUGCUGCACUGGCGUACCUGUUCGGCACUUGAGUGUUGAGCAACCUAGAUUGCAGCUCGCUAGCUAGGACACAACCGGAUUUCUUUUGGCCCUGAUCUUGAAGUUCGCAUACAUCUAACUAUUAUGGCCCAGGAUAGGAACCUCUUGACCGUGAUACUGGUCUGCUGUUUGACUGUCGUGAGCAUCGUCGCUUUGGUUCUCGGCAUAAUCAGCUUGAAUCAAUCAGGGGGCGAGACUGGAUCUGGGCAGCCGAUAAACAUCUAUACCCAGUCUGGCCAGUCAUCAUCUAGUGGAUCGUCAUUGGCGAGCAGUAGCAGCAGUGAUGACAAGGUCUGGCUCUUUGCCAUCGGUCACUAUGAUGAUGUCUUGGAAUAUUUGGAUGAGACGACAUACACAAUCAAGGGAUUUGGCCCAGACAUGGUGGAUGCAGUGUGUUCGAUAGCGAACAAGAACUGUCAACUGGUUUAUGACGUCUACGAACAUUGUUGGGACAGCCAAGCGGGUGAGCGGCCCAGGGGUGGCCCAGGGCUCAUGGGCGGAUGGUACGAUGGAUGUACAGGUUGGGUCCAAACUUUCGAUCGCCUGCUGACGUAUUAUUUCACAGUGCCAUACAACAAAGGAGGCUCUGUCGCCCUCUACGCCAAGAAUGACAGCACAGUGACGUAUAACAAUUUGACCAAUCUGAAAGUUGGAUUUCUGGAUGGCUGGAAUGCGGACGAAUUUUGCCUCGCCCGCUACACAAACAUCGCGGGUUCUACGCUCAGUGCCAACCAGAUAUUCCACUACCAAUCAGCUGAGCUCUUGAUCGACGCAAUCCUGAAUGAACAGAUUGACGUGGCAUUCGGUGAAUCUUUGAGUCAGUUCACGAGCUCGCUGAAACUCAUUUCACCGCCAAACUUCGAUAACAACUGUCUGGCUGGCGGUGCCUCGAUCAUGACACGACACACCAACCGUGACCUGGUGAAUUGGUGGAAUGACGCCUUCCAGCGUCUCAGGGACAGAGGGCGCUAUAAUGAAAUCUGCGAGGCAAUUCCUGAGCGCCACGGUCAUAUCGCCGGUCAGGAUUACACUGAAAUCUGCCUCGGUUAUUAAUCAGCUUCACGCUGAUUGGUCUGUUCUCCAUCAUGUGACCAUCUUCCGAAGAUGACAUUCAUCAAUGUUACUAGCUUACCGAGAGAUAGAGAGUGAUUUAAGUCACGUUCCAAGUACUGAUUCUUAUUCAGAAAAAAAAAAUGUAUUUUCAAAGUGUAAUUCAUAACAAAGUAUAAAGGCUCGUUCAGUAAAUAACGCGGUAUAGCGCCACAAAAAUCCCGCUACGGUUAUCAUAUGUGUACAUGAAUGGCAACUGAUCUCUGUGUUAUAAGACACAGCAAUAAGAAACGUGUCUCACUUUACGUCAUCGUAAAAAACCCGCUAUGGUUUUGUCGUGUCAUAUCGAUCUGUACGAGGCUUUUAUACUUUGAUAUUUCGAAGUAGUUUCUGUGUGCAUUGGCUAUAGUAAGGGUUCGAUCAUAUUAUGUAUAUUUCAGGCAGCAGACAGCACCCCCUAAAAACUGUGAAUCACUUUGCUUGAGAAAGUAUAUCGGAGUGGAUGCAAUCAGCAUAUACCACUAAAGUUUAGGUUGAUAGAAGCCUAGAGUUCAUGACUUUAUG